UAACAGGGUGAGGUCUUCUCCCCAUCUUCUCUAUAAAAGGGCAGGAGCUUCAGCAGGAGCAGCUCCACGUAGACUCCAGACCUCAGACAGCAUCUCAUCAGGGUGACAGAGAUGCUUCUUCCUGUUCUUCUUCUUCUGGGCGUGAGCCUGGUAGACUCUCAUUUCAAACAUAAAGGAGAGUAUAUCGGCGCCCCUUUCCUUCAACAAUGUUUCAAAGAAGCUAAAACAAUAGUGGAUGAUGCAUACAAGUACUCUAGAGAAGAGAGUUUGAAGCGAGUUCGCACAGACGUGGUGAAGCCUCACGAUGCUCUUCGACUCAUGAAGCAGCCUCGUGGAGACACUCGCUCAGCUGUGAGGUCUGCAGACUACAUGGAGCAAACUCUUCGACUGAUCCGUGAAAGGGUGCAGCAAGUGCACAGGCGCGCCCUCAAUGCAACAGAUUUGCUCAGUCCAGAAGAUCUCAAGGAACUGGCUAGACUGACUGGAUGUGAAGCUCGGGUCAGACUUCCAGAGUGCGAAAUCACACCAAACAUCAACAAGUACCGCACAGCCACCAGCAUCUGCAACAACCUAAAAGAUCCUCGGCUCGGGGCCUCCAACACCCCCUUCACCCGCUGGCUCCCCGCCGAGUACGACGACGGCAUCUCCCAACCCAAAGGAUGGAACAGAAGCAGAACGUUCAAUAACUUUAUGCUCCCGCUGGUGCGACAAGUGUCCAACAACAUCCUGAGCACCACUGAUGCAGGCGUGGUCAAUGACGGAGAAUAUACUCACAUGGUCACUUUUUUUGGCCAGUGGAAUGACCACGACCUCAGCUUCACUCCGUUCUCCCCCAGCAUCCGCUCCUUCAGCAACGGCGUGAACUGUGAUGAGAGCUGUGAGCACACAGAGCCGUGCACCCCCAUCCCUAUCCCUCCUGGUGACCCCCGCCUGCCCUCCCGUCCGGACAGCUGCAUCCCGGCCUUCAGAUCUGCCCCCGUCUGUGGAACAGGAUACUCAGCCUACAACUUUGGAGGAGAGCCCAACAAGAGGGAGCAGAUCAACGCCCUCACAGCCUUCCUGGAUUUGGGGCAGGUGUACGGAUCUGAGGAGAAGCUGGCCCUGUACCUCCGUAACCUCAGCAGUGACGCCGGCCUGAUGCGAGUCAACACAGAGUUCAGAGACAACGGCCGAGAACUGCUGCCCUUCCACCCCAUGCUGGUGCAGAUGUGCGCCACUCGCAGAAGAAUCACCAAUGACACCAACGCCCAAGAGGUCCCAUGUUUUAUCGCAGGUGAUUCUCGUGUGGACGAGAACAUCGCCCUGACGUCCAUUCACACCCUGUUUGUGCGAGAACACAACCGCCUGGCCCGAGAACUGAAGAGGCUGAACUCACACUGGGACAGUGAGACGCUCUACCAGGAGGCCCGCAAGAUCAUGGGAGCGUACACACAGACAUUCGUGUUCAGAGACUACCUGCCACAUAUUGUGGGCGAUGACGCGAUGAGGAGGCAGCUCGGCCGAUAUCCAGGCUACAACCCCAACGUUAACCCCAGCAUCGCCAACGUCUUUGCAACAGCUGCUUACCGCUUUGCUCACCUGGCAAUCCAACCGGUGUUGUCAAGACUGGAUGCUAACAACAGCGAGAACCCCCGCUUCCGCAGCGUGCCCUUAUAUGAGGCCUUCUUCACCCCCUGGAGAGUAGUCUUUGAGGGUGGAAUUGACCCUCUGCUGCGUGGUCUGAUUAUACGGCCAGCUAAACUGAACACCCAGGACCACAUGAUGGUGAAUGCUAUCAGGGAGAGGUUGUUCCAGUUUGUGCAGCACUUGGCUCUGGACCUUGGUUCUUUAAACAUGCAGCGAUCACGGGAUCAUGGCAUACCUGGCUACAAUGCUUGGCGCAGGUUCUGCGGUCUGUCUCAGCCCCAGAACCAGGCACAGCUAGGACAAGUUCUGGGCAACAACAAUCUGGCCCGCAGACUGCUGCAGCUCUACGGGACGGCUGAUAACAUUGAUGUCUGGCUUGGAGGUGUUGCAGAGCCGUUCGUGCGCGGCGGUCGAGUAGGACCCCUGUUCGCCUGCCUGAUUGCAACCCAGUUCCAGAGGAUCCGCCAGGGUGACAGGUUGUGGCACGAGAAACCAGGCGUCUUCACCCCAAGCCAGAGGGCUGCUUUACGUUCAGCCAGUAUGUCUCGAAUCAUUUGUGAUAACACCGGCAUCACAUCCGUCCCUAUGGAUGCCUACAGAAUCGUCUCAAACUCAAACCGCCUGGUCCAGUGCUCAUCUAUCCCCCGCCUAAACCUGGCAGCCUGGAGGGACAGGCCUGCUGAAUCAGGUGAAAGAAACAUGCAAAACGGUCAAGGAGAGAAGAUGGACGUAAGAGACAUGAAUGGAAUUGACCCUCAAGGCCUUCAGCAUCCUCAAGAGCCACCAAAGCUUGCCAAGGAGAUCCUGUAGAACCUUCUGCUGUAAGAACCCAUCCAGGAGCUCCAUCAGUGCUGGAAAUCUAUCGUCUGCUUUCUUUUUCCUUAUGGGUAUAUCUAAACUAUUAAAAAAGUAAUAUUUGUAAAGCUGUGUGGCACAAAUGUUUGCAUUACAGCAUGAAUUAGACCUCUUUAUAGAACGCAACUCUCAGCAUUCUCAUUUCAAGUGUCUUUACGGUUAGAUCUCAUGGAUUUAAAUUACUACAUAAAUCUGGUUAUUUCAUUAUUUUGUUAUCUAAACUGAGACCUAAAGUUUUUUUAAAGAACAUCCUUUUUUCUUGCAACUGAGCUGGAUUUUUCUGAUAUUCCAGAUUGCUUAGGAACUAUUUUUUUUUUUAUCUCAACCUCAUUCUAAUCUUAAAAAUAAGUUUAUAAGGUACUCUCACUUAAAUAUUAUAACAUAUUUUUGAAAGUUUUAUAUUUUAGACCAAUAAAUCUGCUACAGACAAACCAAAUUCUUAUACUGUCUUGUAUUCCAUGUAAAAAGGUAAAACAUUUUAAUUAUGUUUCUCUUUUUGGUUUGCCACCUGAUUUUAUUAUGCUUAUGUAUAUCAUUAAUAAAAGUAUUUUACCACCCAA